AUGACAAAUCUGUCCGAACCUCCCGACGGGAUCCAUGGGUACCAUGGCAGCAACGUGGCCGUGCGGACACUGAUGAUUGUUUUCACCUCCAUUGCAUUGUACAACGCUGUCGAAUUGUUCAUCUUGUUGUUUUUGACCUUUACAACCUAUCGUGGUCUGUACUUUUGGUCGCUCCUCCUCUCAGUUGUCCUUGGAGUCGUACCCCACGCCAUUGGCUACCUGCUGGAACUUUUCUCUCUGGCACCAGUAUGGGUCUCUUUGACUAUUUCCACCAUUGGCUUCUAUGUCAUGGUUCCGGGCCAAUCCGUGGUCCUGUACUCCCGUCUACAUCUGGUGGUGAAUAGCAACAAAGUCCUUCGCUUCGUGCGCUGGCUCAUCUUCGUCGACGCUGUCAUUCUUCUGAUACCGACGACAGUUCUUACUUUCUAUACCGCAUACGCUCCCUCGCCGCCAGUGAUUCGCGGAUACAAUGUCAUGGAGCGGUUGCAACUGGCCUGGUUCUGCGCUCAAGAAUUUGCCAUCUCAGGAAUUUACAUCACUGAGACUGUGAGGCUGCUGAGCUUGAUGCCAGAAAGGGGCAGCCGUCGGACCCGAAUCAUGUAUGAGUUGCUGGCUAUCAAUCUGGUCAUCGUCUUGCUCGAUAUCUGCCUACUUGUUACAGAAUACAUUGGGUUCUACGCAUUGCAGACCACGUUGAAGUCCAUGGUCUACAGCAUCAAGUUGAAGCUUGAAUUCGCCGUGCUGGGGAAACUAGUCACCCUUGUGCAGAACCAUCGAUCACGAUCACAACCUACUUCCUCUGAACACGAGGAAUACCCUGGCUUCGUGGAUCCGACUCAGUUUACGUCGGACGUCACUCAUGCAAUUCCUCUGGAAUCGCGUUCUAAAGGACGAAGGGGCUGGAAUACAAUGUCCGUGGAGAGCUUGCCUAUCUCGGAGCGCAGAAUUCGCCCAUCUACACAGUCGACCGAUGACGACAGCCGGACUCCACCUUGA